AUGAGUCGGCAACUGAACAUCAAGUCUGGUGGUGACAAGGGUGGCUUCAGUGGGCACUCAGCAGUGGUGCUGAGGAAGGCUGUGGGCAGUGCAGCUUCUCACCGUGUGGCUGGCAAAGGAGCUGGGGCUGGCUUCAGCAGUCAGAGUCUCUGCAGUCUCAGAGGGCAUCGGUGUAUUUCCCUCAACGUGGUUGCUGGUGGUGUUUGGACUGGAGGUUACAGCUUCCGGCCUGGCUCUGGGUAUAGAUGGGGCCGGGCGACUGGCUUUGCUGGCAGCAUGUUUGGCAGUGUGGUCCUGGGGCCUAUGUGCCCAUCCAUGUGCCCACCUGGGGGCAUUCAUCAAGUCACCAUCAACAAGAGCCUCCUGGCUCCCCUCAACCUGGAGCUGGACCCCAAGAUCCAGAAAGUAUGUGCCCAGGAGUGGGAGCAGAUCAAGGCUCUGAACAACAAGUUCGCCUCCUUCAUUGACAAGGUGCGGUUCCUGGAGCAGCAGAACCAGGUACUGGAGACAAAGUGGGAGCUGCUGCAGCAGCUGGACCUGAACAGCUGCAAGAAGAACCUGGAGCCCAUCUUUGAGGGUUACAUUAGAACCCUGCGGAAGCAGCUGGAAAUGCUGUCCGGGGACAGGGUGAGGCUGGACUCGGAGCUGAAGAGCAUGAGGAACCUGGUGGAGGACUACAAGAAGAGGUAUGAGGUGAAGAUUAAUCGGCGCACAGCAGCUGAGAACGAGUUUGUGGUACUCAAGAAGGAUGCAGACGCAGCCUACACAGCCAAGGUGGAGCUCCAGGCCCAAGUGGACUCUCUGGACAAAGACAUCAAGUUCCUCAAGUGUCUGUAUGAUGCGGAGAUGGCCCAGAUUCGGAAUCAUGUCAGUGAAACCUCCAUCAUCCUGUCCAUGGACAACAACCGGGACCUGAACCUGGACAGCAUCAUCGCUGAGGUCCGGGCCCAGUAUGAGAAGAUCGCCCUGAAGAGCAAGGCGGAGGCUGAGGCCCUGUACCAGGCCAAGUGUGCCAACCUGGAGACGGCCAUCGCUGAUGCUGAGCAGCGGGGCAACUGUGCCCUGAAGGAUGCUCGGGCCAAGCUGGAUGAGCUGGAGGCUGCCCUGCACCAGGGUAAGGAAGAACUGGCCCGGAUGCUGCGCGAGUACCAGGAGCUGAUGAGCCUGAAGCUGGCCCUGGACAUGGAGAUCGCCACCUACCGCAAGCUGCUGGAGGGCGAGGAGUGCAGGAUGUCUGGGGAAAAUCCGUCCUCUGUGAGCAUCUCCGUCAUCAUCAGCAGCAAUGCAAGCAGCUACCACCCCGGUUCCUCUGCGAGUACCGCCCUUGGUGCCAGUGGUGAGGCGGGCAGCUCCAACAGCACCCAAAGUGGGCAGACCACAAUCAAAGGGGCACGAGUGGGAGACCCCAAGGACUCUCAAGGCAAGAGCACCCCAGUCAGUGCCCCAGCCAGGAAAGCCACCAGCUAA